GCCGUCUGGCGUAUUCCUAUAAUGAAAUAAACUCAGAUCCUUUAUUCUCGAAACAGCAUGAAGUAGUUCCACUCUCGGCAGACAAUCUGGAUAAAACUUAGCAAUAAUGGCCCAAGGUCUUGUAAUGCUCAUAGUGAUCGUGUAUUGUUUCGGAAAUGGAUAUAGCGACUCGGUAAAGGUUAUUCAGCCUGUAUCAACUCGUAAUAGCUCAGCUUUUGUAGAAAAUUGUACUUCCAUUCAUGAGCUACUGUGGGACGGAAAAUUAGAUAUAAAUGGAGAUUAUAGAACGCCUAGAGAAGAUGUCACGAACAAAUCUUGGGUUAUCAUCAGAUCACGUCUACAUGACGAAAAUGAAACAGAAGCUCUUAAAGUUAUCACAGAAUGGUCGAAUAUCGUUGAACUGCAGUUUUUGGAUAUACCUAGAGGCGAUGAUAUGAAAAUUGAUGAGCUUCAUUUGGAUGAAGAGCAACUAUCUUUUGAGACUGUUUCGAAUCUUGUCAGCUUUUUAGAACCAUCACAGUUUCCAAUGGAUAUUUUGAUAGAAACUUAUAGAAACCAGACGCCUGUGGCUAUCGGUCUUAUAGUGUUUAAGGUACUGAAAAUGGAUAUUGCUUUGAUCUCGUGGACUGUAAUAUGGGCCGUCAUUUGUUUAAUGAUACCAAUAAUAAUAAUGACUAAUUUAUGUUGUAAAAUCGACAAACAUGCUGGAGUAGAUGAUAAUUUGUCUAUCGACUCUGAUAUACGUCAAGAGAAAACAAAGAGAUGUUUCAAGAUAUUAUUGCAAGUGUUAGCAAUACUGUAUCUUUCAAAACAACUAAAGGAUAUACAAUUUGCAUGCGAUGUUUUUAGCAUACCGGCAGUGAUUAUACUAGCAGCCAAUGAACAAAUGGCGAAGGCAUUGAACAAGCUGCCGGAAUCUGUGGAGAUAAUGUACGGCGAUAUCCAAACUUUUAUAAAAAAUACUCAUAUGCAAAUAUCUUUUGCGGCAACUUCGUCAACCGAUAUAGCGAUCGAAGAGAUUAGUAAAGAUUUAGAAGCAAUGAGUAUCCUUCUUGGUGUCCCAUAUCAGCAAGCGAUAUCAGUGGACACUGGUAUAGAUACGGUAUUGUUUAAUCUGGAAGAUCUCAAAAUAUCUGCCGCUAAAAUUGCGGCAAUAGUAGCUGAUUUAAUGAUUGACUGUGGAGCAACCAAGUUAGCAGGAGAAGUUUUGCAGGAACAGUUAUCUGAUAUUUCUAGGCAACUAACAGUAGUACGGCAACAAUGUACUAUGAAGGAUAGAACACUAUGCUACACAUUACAAUAUUCUGGUUACGACAUAACAAAGGAAGAAAAAUUACAAGAUUUAGAGAAAGUAGUGGCAAGAGAGGAUUUUAAUAAUAGCUUGGAUUCACCACGUAAACAUUUUGGAAGCCUUCCUUCUCAGAUGCUCUCACAAAGUUCAUCAUUUUCAGCAGAUUUGAACGCUCUUUUAAGGAAGAAGAGGUCUGAGGUAUUCAGUUCGAUCACAUCCUUAGACCAGCUGAUGCGAUAUGUGUCAGAGUCUGUGAAAGAUAGUGAACAUAAUGCUACAGAAGGGGCACAAAAACUAUCAGAGUGGAGUUUUUUCAUAUGGUAUUUCAGGUCUGGUAUGUCUAACAUGGAUUUUACUAUUAUGUGGUGCUCCAUGUACAGAGAGCGGUCCUUCACCAAAAGAAGCAUCAACGCUAAUAGCUGCCCUUAUUUUCGCUACAUUGACUGCCCUUAUUGUUUGGGGACAGGCUACAGUUGCCCUUAUACUUGGGGUGCAUGGCAAUGCUUGGGUAUGUCAACCGCUGUUCGACCAUCCCCAUUAUACUGUUUUGAGCGGUUUGUUUGACCAGGAUGGACUUUUUUAUAAGAAUGGCGUUUUUCAUAAGUUCGACCAAGAUGCAAAUGAGUCAAUAACAAUAAGCAACGUUUUGAAAAACUGCCAGAGAGAUCAACCGGCCUAUAAGUCUUUUAAUCUGCACAAUCAAAUUAACGUUGAUAAACUUUUCAAUAUAGAAGAGUGGACAGCUCUAAAAGCUUUGUUAGCUAAUUUUACACUCACGAAAACUAGCUUGGAAAUUCUGGGACCAUCAUUACGACUCAAUUUACAGAGCCUAUCAACAAUGACCACAGCAAACCUGACAAGCUACCGAUUGCUAGCUUCCGAGCCUAUCACAAGGAAAGAUCUAGAUGCCUUUGCAGAUCAGCUGAACACAGUUGCUCGACAGAUGAUUGAUCCAGUCAGCUCUAGAAAAAUGGACAACAUAGCGCACUCUGUACGUCAGAUCAUAAACAAUGAAUUACACCAGUUGAAAAAAAUCAAGAGCGACGUUUUGUAUAAGAUUACAAUGCUAGAAAUCUUAUUGCCACCCCUGAACCGUCAAGUCAAUCAAUCGCUUAGAGAUUUGCAACGAAUUCAGUCAUACUUGGACAAUGAGGAAAGGGAACUCGAGAAACAGAAUCGAAAGCGCUAUUCAGAUCGACUACAAAACUAUUUACAUGAGCUGCACACUUAUGUCACUACUAAAGUAGGUAAAGAAAUAGGAAAAUGUCGACCUCUUUGGAAAGUUUAUCAUUCUGCACGAUUGUAUGUUUGCAAGUUUAUUAUAGAUUCCUGGAACACAAUCGCACUGUUUAGUUACUUCUCUAUACUUAUCUGUGUUGUGCUAUCUCCAGUUGCUAUAAAGUUGCUGAAGAUGUACAAGAUGGGAUCUGAAUAUGUACCAGGUUCAAUAAGGGAUUCUCAAAGAGGCUUGAUCAUGGAUAAUGGACUAAACUGGGCUACGCCACCUGUAUCAUGUACCCCUGAGGAUAGGCAGAGCCCGAUUAUAGCAUCGCAACAUUUUGAACACUCAUCCCCUCCAGUUUGGGCUACUGAACCAGGCCCCUCUAGGCAAUUCCGAACAAGUGUUGUUCCACCAACCCCACCAUCUCCAAGCAAAUUUCCCACAAUAUCGGCUGGUAUAUUGAAAGCCAACUUGGUCCAUGUUGGAACAGUGUUGCAAGAGUGCAGUAGCCCUUAUUCAGGAGUUAGAUUAGAUGAUCUGAGUGGCCAUGAGCAACAUAGACUACGAUUUUGAAUCUACCCCAGCUUUUUGGAAAUUUUCCCGGAUAAUCAAGCCAAGGAGUCCAAAGAGGUACCAAAAGGAUUCAUUGAAGCUUGUAGAACCACUCGCUUGGAAAGUUGGCUCAACCACCCCGAAGAGUUGGAUUUAACUUUAUUUGUCAUAAAUAUGUUACAAGUCUCCAUAAUGCAGUAUCCUUGAAAGAUGAAAAUAUAGAUGGCUUUAUUGUA